AUUAAAUACAGCAUACAUUAACUUGACACACUAAUUCUAUCUUCAUUUUAUUUAAAAGCACACGCUGCUUAAAAGUAAUAUUAUAAUUCAACAUGUUUUCAACUGUCACAUCAACUGCGGGAGCGGCUUUGCCAGCCAAGACACGAUACCAAACCUACGGCCCUUCGGAGUCCUACUCGGCGCUCUUGAGGAAGAAGAUUAUGCCGGAUCUAAACACACCAGCCACAACGUCUCCAAUUAAGUCGUGCACAUACAUCGGCCAGAACUUGGCAUCGCAAGCGUUUAAUUACGUGGACCAACUCAAGUCAGCGAUACCCGAGUUUCUUUACGAGCUUGGAAGUCAGAUCUGCCGUCAAGAGUUUUUAACCACCAAAGGUAUCUUCCGCCUCCCAGGCGGGCUUAAGCAGAUCCAACUGCUGGAGAAGAAAGUAGAGCUGCCCAACGCUGAUGUGAAGGGGUUGCUCUCCGAGGUGGAGGACUCUCGAGUUCUCACUGGGUUGUUGAAGGUGUACAUCAAAAACCUUCCCGAACCCAUCAUCACCACCAGCGAAUUGAUCCAAUUCGAAAAAUCUUUAAAUGACGACGAGACCUUCCUCCAAUUGGGAAUGGUAAUGCCGGAGGUGCAUCUCAACGUCCUCCGGUUUGUCUUAAAGAUAUUGAGAGCCAUCGCGGCCAAGAAAAAGGUCAACGAAAUGAACGCCGAGUAA